GCUACGGGCUUAUGUAUCCGUACUGAAGACAGCUGAAAGCCAGAAGGUACAGACACAGAGCGUGCAGACACAGAGCAGGGCGCUGUACGUCGCUUGAGGAAGCAACGCAAGAGACCGGAUUCCAUCCUUGGAUCCGCCAGUAACCUCGCCUGACCACUCUCGGCAACGUCGAUCCUUGGCUUGCUCCGGCCGAGCAAGCAACGCGGCGGAUGGAGUAAGUAACCGCGGAUACUUGCCGCCUCCGUGCUCCCUCCAUGGCACUUGCCGCCGUGCCGCCAUGCCCUGCACCUCAAGCAAAGUGGCGCCCCGGCCCUCCUCUAAUGCCCCGCCCACUACCGGCCACAGCCUCCUCCUCCUCUUCCUCCUCCAGUCGCCACCACGUGCGCUGCCUGCCACCUGCUCCCCGCCUCGCCGGAAGACCAUGGCGGUGACUCCGCGCGGCCGGCCGGACUCCAGCCUCGGCCACCGCCGGCCGGUCCUCCUGCUCCUCCUCUUCUUCUGCCUCCUCGCCUUCUUCCCCCGCCGCGUCGCGGCUUUCCACUCAUUCGUGGGGACGUACGGGGUGAACUACGGCCGGAUCGCCGACAACCUGCCGCCGCCGACGGAGGUGGUGAAGCUGCUCCAGAUGGCGCGGAUCAAGAACGUCCGCAUCUUCGACUCGGACCACACCGUGCUGGACGCGUUCCGCAACUCCGGGCUCAACCUCGCCAUCGCCAUCCCGAACGGCCUCGUCAAGGACAUCUCCGCCACCCCGAGCAAGGCCAUGGACUGGGUGAACGAGAACGUGCGGCCCUACUACCCGUCCACGCGCAUCGUGGCCAUCAUCGUGGGCAAUGAGAUCCUGGGCGGGCAGGACACGGGGCUCGCCGAGGCGCUCUUCGGCGCCGUCGUCAACAUCCACGACGCGCUCCGCGCGAUGCGCCUGUCCGGCAGGAUCGAGGUGAACACGCCGCACUCGGAGGCGGUGUUUGGCACCUCGUACCCGCCCUCCGCCGGCACGUUCCGGCCCGACCUCAUGCCGUACCUGAAGCCGCUCCUGGACUUCUUCUCCAAGACGGGCGCGCCCUUCUACGUGAACGCGUACCCGUUCCUGGCCUACAUGAGCGACCCGGAGCACAUCGACGUGAACUACGCGCUGAUGAAGCCCAACGCCGGCAUCCUGGACCAGAAGACCAACCUCCACUACGACAACAUGUUCGAGGCCCAGAUCGACGCCACCUACGCCGCGCUGGAGGCCGCCGGGUACAGCGACAUGGAGGUGCGCGUGUCGGAGACCGGCUGGGCGUCCGCCGGCGAUGCCACGGAGCCCGGCGCCACGCUGGAGAACGCCCGGACCUACAACUUCAACCUGCGGAAGCGGCUGUUCCUGAGGAAGGGAACGCCCUACAGGCCCAAGAGGGUGGUCAAGGCCUUCAUCUUCGCGCUCUUCAACGAGGACCUCAAGACCGGCCCCGGGAGCGAGCGCCACUUCGGGCUCUUCAAGCCCGACGGCAGCGUCUCCCUCGACCUCGGCUUCAAGGGCCUCACCUCGUCGUCCUCCUCCAUCAAGGGGUGGAAGAUCGCGCGGUACUCGGCGACGCUCCUGUCAUCUACAUUCAUUUUCCUAGCAUUAUCGACCUGAUUGAUGAUUACUGACAAAUGCAGGCAGAUUAGCAAGCCUGCGUUUACUUAGAACACCAGAACUCGCCCGCAUUCUGUAAAUUCCACCACGAUUGAAAAGAGUGAUCCUCUCAUGUACAUCAAGUCUUCUGUUCUUCAAUCUUCGUAUACUGUAAAUAAUUAAGAUGCAUUUCUGAA